CUGUCCCCCCGCCACACACACACUUCACACACACACACACGCUCAGCCCAAGUGAUUCAACCCUGAUUUCCAAGCGAACAAGCGAGCAACAAGACAGGAUGCCAAAAAGUGCAGACCAGAGGGGAGGUUUUACGCGCUGAUCGGGCUUCUUCGAGAAGAAAGCCGGCGGAAGAAGGUGCAGCAAGUGAAGAAGACGAAAGAAAGGCGCGUUGUUUCUCCCGCUGCAACUUGCGCUCAGUGCCAGAGUUUUUAGCGGCAGUAUUGUUCCGACUUCACUCCAGAGGGGCCACUCCGAGGAGAGAGGACGCACACAAAAGGGGGGAAUAGGAAAAGGGACUUAACGAGCACGCUUUUUCUCCGCUUAAAGAAGUAAUGGUCUUAAGACCCUAGAUUUCUCUGCCUCUCGCUCUCUUUUCCUCUCUAUUGUUUUUUUUCCCUCCCCCCCACCCACAUUUUAUGUAUAUAUUUUUACAUUUUUUUCGCGUCCCGUCGGCUUGUGCGCCCCCCACCUCCCUUGUUUGUCGCCGUGAAGAAAGAGUGUGGACGCGCCGGGGUCUGAGGAGCAGAAGCGGGCUGUCCACAUGGUCCAACCGCUGGCGUGAAAGUUGACUUCAUCAGAAACCCAGAGAACAGGUGCCAGUGAUGAUGGUGGAAUCAGCCUCUGAGACCAUUCGAACAACACCGUCCAACCAAAAUGGAGUCAGCAGCCUAAGCAGCCAAUCUGACGGAGGGGGAGGCAGAGAGGGUGGGUCCAAUGGAGACACCAAUGGGGAGAUCAGUCCGGUCGACUUACUGCACCUGCAGCAGCAACAGGCACUCCAGGCAGCCAGACAGUUCCUCCUCCAGCAGGCCUCUGGUCUCAACUCCCCUGGCAGCAACGAGGUCAAGCAGAGCCCCGUGCAGGUGCCUGUGUCCAUGGCCAUGAUGAGCCCACAGAUGAUCACUCCUCAGCAGAUGCAACAGAUCCUUUCCCCCCCUCAGCUCCAGGCCCUGCUGCAGCAGCAACAGGCUCUCAUGCUACAGCAGUUACAGGAGUACUACAAGAAGCAGCAGGAGCAGCUGCAUCUCCAGCUUCUGACUCAGCAACAGCAGCAACAGCAGCAGCAGCAGCAGCAGCAGCAACAACAACAGCAGCAGCAGCAGCAGCAGCAAGCCGGGAAGCAGGCGGCAAAAGAGCAGCUUGGAAGUAAGCAGCUGGCCUUCCAGCAGCAGCUGAUCCAGAUGCAGCAGCUUCAGCAGCAACACAUCCUCAACCUCCAGAGACAGGGCCUGGUUCCGCUGCAGCCCACCGCCGCCAUGCAGUCUCUUCAGCAAGCAAUGUGUCCGUCAGACCUCCAGCAACUGUGGAAGGAGGUGUCUGGAGUGCCGAGCGCUGAGGACGCCCUUAAACAGGCCGAGGGCCUGGACUUGAGCACCAACAGUUCUAAUUCUACCUCAGGCUUCCCCAAAGCUGCCAGUGCUCACAUUCCACUGCACAGCCUGCCCAACGGACAAAACCACACCCCAAAGAGAGACAGAGCCCGACUGUUUGAGUGGAUAUCCUCCUUCACCAAGGCAGACAGCGGAGAUGACCACGUUCCCCUUUACUCCAAAGGCAGCCAGCCUCCCAGCAGCCAUCAUGAGGAGCUCAGCAGCUCCCAUCCCCUCUACGGUCAUGGAGAGUGUAAGUGGCCAGGCUGUGAAGCACUGUGUGAGGACAUGGGACAGUUCAUCAAGCACUUGAACAACGAGCACGCCCUAGAUGACCGCAGCACUGCUCAGUGCAGAGUCCAGAUGCAAGUAGUUCAGCAACUGGAGAUACAGCUGGCGAAGGAGAGUGAGCGACUUCAGGCCAUGAUGACCCACCUGCACAUGCGCCCCUCAGAGCCAAAACCUUUCAACCAACCUCUGAACCUGGCUUCCAGCGGCUCCCUGUUAAAGAGGGACAGCGAUGCCUACCCAGAGGGUCUACCCCACCCUCCCACCUCAGCCGCCACCCCAAUCACGCCACUGCGCCAGGGACCCUCCGUCAUCAGCUCUUCCAGCCUGCACACACACUCCCACUCCCACAAUCACCCGGUUGGCCCCAUACGUCGGCGCAACUCUGACAAGUACUGCACCCCUAUUGCCUCAGAGCUCGCUCAAAACUGUGAGUUCUACAAGAACGCUGAUGUCAGGCCUCCGUUUACUUACGCCUCUCUCAUACGUCAUGCCAUCCUGGAGUCCCCAGACAGACAGCUGACUCUAAAUGAGAUCUACAACUGGUUUACACGAAAGUUUGCAUAUUUCAGGAGAAAUACUGCCACGUGGAAGAACGCCGUGCGCCACAACCUAAGUCUGCACAAGUGCUUCGUUCGCGUGGAGAACGUGAAGGGGGCCGUGUGGACCGUGGACGAAGUCGAAUACCAAAAGAGGAGACCACCAAAGAUGACCGGGUGAGUGCGAAGCCGGCCGCUGCUGACGAGACUUUGAGGCUAUGGGUGUUGGCACCAUGAUUGCCUAAAAUAGACCUGCUAAUGUUACCCAGAAGCCAACUCACAAAUUACCUAGAGCAAAAGUGAGGCAAGGAGGCUUCUGGCUUGUGAUGUGCUUGCGCUGC